AUGGCGUUGAGCACCCAAAGAGCAUCUGCUUUUCUUCCUUCAGCUGAUCACUCGGCUCCUCGUCAAUGGAACUACGAUGUGUUUUUGAGUUUCAGGGGUGUAGACACUCGAAAUAGCUUUGUGUCCCAUUUAUACCACGAAUUGCAGCACAAGGGCAUUAAAACAUUCAAGGAUGAUCCAAAGCUUGAAAGAGGGACAACCAUUUCUUCAGAGCUCCUUAAAGCAAUCCAAGAAUCAAGGCUUGCUAUCAUUGUUCUCUCGCCAAACUAUGCUUCCUCUUCCUGGUGCUUGGAUGAACUUACAAAUAUUCUCCAAUGCAUGAAAUCCAAGGGCACGGUUCUGCCUGUGUUUUAUAAUGUGGAUCCCUCGGAUGUACGAAAACAAAGUGGCAGUUUUGCAGGCGACUUCGCUGGGCAUGAGAAAAGGUUUAGGGAAGACAUAGAAAAGGUGAAGCGCUGGAGAGCUGCUUUAACAGAAGUUGCCAAUUUAUCUGGGUUGGAUUCAAACAAUGAGUGUGAAAGAAAGCUCAUUGAAAAGAUUGUUGAAUGGGUGUGGGGGAAAGUGCAUCGCACAUUCAAAUUGUUAGAUUCCACAGAGUUAGUGGGAAUUAAGUUUACACGUGAGCAAAUGGAUUUGCUUUUAGAUCCUACAGAUGAUGUUCGCUUUGUACGGAUAUGGGGGAUGGGAGGCAUUGGCAAGACAACCAUUGCUAGGCUCGUUUAUGAAAGCAUUUCUAUUCAUUUUGAAGUUAGCUGCUUUCUUGCUAAUGUUAGAGAGGCUUCUGAAGGUAAACGUCUUGUUGAUCUACAAAGACAGCUUCUUUUCCCUAUCUUGAAGAAACAAAUUACUCGAGUUUUGAAUGAAGAUUGGGGGACCUAUUUCAUUAAGAAUUGCUUAUGUAAUAAAAAGGUUCUUCUCAUUCUUGAUGAUGUGAAUGCAUCAAGCCAACUAGAAAAAUUUGCUAAGGAAAAGGAUUGGUUUGGUAAGGGGAGUAUAAUCAUCAUUACAACUAGAGAUGAACGGUUGGUUGAAAAGCAUGAUAUGGAGAUAUCAUUUAAGGUAGAGGGAUUAGGUGAUGAUGAGGCUCUUGAGCUCUUCAGUCUAAACGCCUUUAAAAAAUCUGAGCCUGAGGAAGGUUUUUGGGAAUUGUCCAAGUGCUUUGUAAAUUAUGCUAGAGGCCUUCCGUUAGCUCUUAAAAUUUUGGGAUGCUCUGUGUAUAAAAGAGAUCGAGAUGAAUGGAAAAAUGAAUUGGAUAAGCUACGGAAAAUUCCUGAGACAGAAAUUUUCAAUUUGCUCAAAAUUAGUUUCGAUAGACUAGAUGAGAUGAACAAGAAUAUAUUUCUUGAUGUUGCAUUUUUCCAUAAGGGGAAGGACAAGAAUAAAGUAAUUAGAAUACUAGACAGUUGUGACCGUUGUGGUGGGAUAAAUACUCUGGUUGAGAAGUCGCUCUUAACUAUUGAGAUUUCAACCAACAUUGUUUGGAUGCAUGAUUUGAUACAAGAAAUGGCAUUUGAAAUUGUUCGUCAAGAGUCUCCUGAAGAGCCCGGUAGACGCAGUCGAUUGUGUCAUCUGAAUGACAUCAUUGAUGUAUUAAUAAACAAUACGGGAACUAACAAAAUUCAAGGCAUUGCCUUAGAGAUGGCAGAACUUCAAAAGGCGGAUUGGAAUUGUGAAGCAUUCUCUAAGAUGAUUAACCUGAAAUUUCUUGAUGUUGAAAAUGUGAUCAUUUCCUCAAUGUCAAUACCCAGAAUUCUUCCUAAUUCCUUAAGAAUUCUGAAAUGGAAUUGGUAUUCUUCCAAAUAUCUCCCAUCAAAUUUUCAACUGAAUAAACUUGUUUCACUUGAGAUGCGGGACAGCAAACUAGUUGAGCUCUGGGAUGAAAGAAUUGACUUGCCCAAUUUGAAAUACAUGGACCUUUAUGGCUCUCAAAACUUGGUAACAACCCCAAUUUUCUCUGGCAUUCCAAAACUCAAGGUGUUGAAUCUUACAGGGUGUGAGAAUUUAGUUGAGAUUCACCCGUCCGUCGCAAAUCUCAAAUGGCUUACAGAAUUAGUACUAUGUGGAUGCAAAAGUGUUAAGAGUCUUCCAAGUGAGGUAGAAAUGGAUUCUCUUGUGUAUUUCAAUCUUCACGGUUGCUCAAAACUGAAAAAAAUUCCAGAAUUUUCAGGACAAAUGGAAAAUUUGUCAAAGCUUAUUUUGAGUGGGAUGUCCAUUGAGAAAUUACCUUCAUCAAUUGGACGUCUUGUUGGCCUUACUCUUCUGAAUGUAAGAAAUUGUAGAAACCUCUUGGCUCUUCCGAGCGAAAUUUGUAAUUUGAAGUCUCUUCAGGAGCUCUUUGCGGAUGGAAGCUCAUACAGUGACAAACGCCCAGAAAACUCGUGGGAGAUGGACAGUUUCAAGAUCUCUAUGCCACACUCUGUUGGAAUUUUGAGUGUAUUUGGCUCAAAGCCUAAUAAAUCAAGGUUUUGGUGGGGCCUCCAAAGAAAGGCUUUUGUGGGUUCGCUACAUGGUUUAUGGUCUUUGAAGUAUUUGGAUGUGAGUAAUUGUGGUCUUUGUGACGGGGAUAUUCCCGUUGAUAUUGGCUGCUUGUCCUCUUUAGAAAAAUUAGACCUCAGUCGAAACAAUUUUGUUAGCCUUCCUGCAAGCAUUGGAUGUCUUCCUAAGCUUUGGUCAUUUUCGGUGAGUGGGUGCCAAAGGCUUCAACAAUUGCCCCAUUUCUGCUUUGGAUUGGUUGAUAAUGAAGGCUUCAGCUAUAUUUACAUAGGCACAGAAGAUUGCACUUCCUUAAAAACAUUGCCGAAGUUGAGCAUAAAAGAAGGAAGAAGUUUUGUUAUGUUGCGUUGUUUGAAUUGCUAUGGAUUGGUUGAGAAUGAUGGCUACGAUUAUAGUAUAAUACUUGGAAUGCUCUGGACUGCUCUGGAUAGGGGAUUCCUUCAGGUACCUUUACUCACUUCGCCAAUUUCAACUACUCCCGCUUUCCAAAUUGUAACACCUGGAAGUAGAAUUCCAGAGUGGUUCAAUAAUCAAAGUGUAGGAGAUUCCUUAAUUGUGGAGCUACCUCCAUGUACCACGUCCAUUUGGAUUGCUUUAUGUGCUGUCUUUGAAGAAGGUGCCCCUGUGGAUUACCGUUCUACCAACUUUGGAAUUGAAUGUCGCCUAGGAGAAGGUGCCCCUGUGAAUGGUCGUAUUGCAAUUAUUAAAGGCCAUCUUGUGUCACCUCACCUUUGGGUAUCUUGUGUAUAUCAUUUUGUAGUCGACAAAGAAUGCAGUCAGAUGAAGGUUUCAUUCCAAACUUUUCAUUACGUUCAUGAUUUGUCUGGCGACAAAAUACCUCGCUCGGGUAUAAAGAAGUGUGGGCUCCGUUUGAUGCAUAAGCAAGACGUGGAAGUACUCGACCAAAUCAUGAUGAUGAACUACUCCAUCAACAUCAGCACAAAAGCUACUUCUCCUCACAAUUCAGCUGAUGCAAGUGCAAGUGCAAGUGGAAGCUCUCACCAAAAAUCUCUCUGCCGCAAAAGCUAUGCUCUUUCCAAAUGGUUUUUAACAAAACUUGUAAAGAUUUUCUCCCUCUUCUUAACAACUGCAGUUUUUAUGAAAUCUUUCAAGAAUAGUGAACAAUGGAGGUGCAUAGGACUUUUGAUUUGGUGGGUAACCACUUUGAUUUCCUACUUAGGCCUUGCACCCUCUUAUUUUUCGCUAUUGUUGAAAAGUUUUAUAAAAACUGUGAUUCUUAAAAGAGCAGCUAAAUUUUUGCAACCUUUGUUAAAAACGCCUCCUCCUCAAAUGUCUGCACAUAAAUACUUGAAAAGCUAA